AGUACUAUUAGCCUGUUAGUGUUGUCUGGUUUGGAUCAUAUGAUUCAUAUUAAUUAAUAUACUUAGAAACAUGAUGGCGUGAGAACAUAAAUUACUGGUCUGUGCAGUGUUGGAUCUGUUUGUCCUUUACUGUUGUAUAAUAAUAAUAAUAAUAAUGGUCGGUUUGUAUUUAGUUGGGUGGUUAGAAGAAGAAGUUAGAACUUAAAAAGAUUUUAGUGAAUUAAGGUUUUGGUUUUUUGGAUGAUGAUUUUCAAAUAUGCAAUAUGUUUUAUUAUUUAAUUUUGAGAAAAAAGUUGAUUCAUGUAGGAUAUAUAGAUAGGCCAUGAUAAAAUAUACUUUAUGAUGUGGUUGAGAUUAGGUUGAGCGAGGAAAAAUGAAUGGAAUUAUUGGACCCCUUUGCUAACAUAAAUUGUACCAUAUAGUUCAUAGUGAAUGGUCAGGAUUCAGUUAUCUGCUAGUGGUUUAUUAUGUGAAGAUCAAUUGUAUCUUUUUCCUUUCAUCAUCAUCACACACACACACUAUCUAGUGCUUGGUGCUUGCUGUUACUGAUGCACUAAUUUCUUUGGUUUGGAGAAGCUAAAGUAAGAAAGAAAGAUGUUGUUAUAUUGCACUCAAGGAGACUGUGCUUAUAGGGGAAGUUUAAACAUCCUUUUUGCAUACUUGACGGAACAUUCAAGAUUUGGACUAUGAAUUUCUCUUUGCUAAUCUCUCAUUGUGUAAGCUGUUCUUAUGUGAGAUCUUCUGGAGUUUUUUGGACUUUAAAGCAUUGACUAUGAUUGUUGAUGGAAAAAACUGUUCUCUACAACAUCAAGUGCCGGCAUUUGAGUUUGGCGUUUGCUUGAGAGAGAUACUCUCUGUCUCUGCCACAUCUGCUGCUGGCAAUCAAGUUUGCUCCUUCUCAUUUUCCUUACAUGUAUCCUGAUUCGGAAACCUGUUUAUAUGAUGAGAUGGCUGUUGCACCUUUCAGAGGACCUCCUAGCGAGUGUUCUGGGAAUAAGAAAAUGGAAAGAAAGCCUUCUGGAAGGAGACGUGUAUUUGUUCAGACUGAAACUGGAUGUGUUUUGGGGAUGGAAUUAGAUAGAAGUGAUAAUGCACACACUGUGAAGAGGAAAUUACAGGUUGCAUUCAAUGUCCCGACUGAGGAAAGCUCACUCAUAUGCGGGGACAUGGUCCUGAAAAAUGAUCUUAGUGUGGUUAGAAAUGACUCUCCACUUCUUCUCACUAGGAACUUUUUAUACAGGAGCUCAUCUACCCCAUGCAUUUCACCUUCUGGCAGGGAUCUUCAGCAGAGGGAUCAGAGUGGACCAAUUGAGAUUAUAGGUUGCUCAGAUGUAUUUUCUGGAAUAAAACAUGUGGUUGAGGAUAUCAUAAUGGCUAUAAAAGUUGGCAUUGAACCAAUCCCCGUUCAGAGUGGAUUGGGAGGUGCAUAUUAUUUUAGAAACUGCCAUGGCGAAAAUGUUGCUAUAGUGAAACCAACUGAUGAGGAACCUUAUGCACCGAACAAUCCGAAAGGUUUUGUUGGCAAAGCUCUUGGACAACCGGGACUGAAACGGUCUGUGAGGGUUGGGGAGACGGGUUUCAGAGAAGUUGCAGCUUACCUUCUUGACCAUGUUCAUUUUGCCAAUGUUCCUUCUACUGCCCUUGUGAAGGUGAGGCAUUCUAUUUUUAAUGUAAAUGACAGGGUCAAUGGUAAUAUGCAUCCUAACAAGAAACAUAUAAGCAAGAUUGCAUCACUGCAGCAGUUCAUCCCUCAUGAUUUUGAUGCUAGUGAUCAUGGAACUUCUAGUUUCCCGGUUGCUGCUGUUCACAGGAUUGGGAUUUUAGACAUACGGAUUUUGAACACAGACAGACAUGCAGGAAAUCUUCUGGUCAGGAAGGUUGGAAGGUUUGAUGAAGUGGAGCUUUUUCCCAUCGAUCAUGGUCUUUGUCUACCUGAAAGUUUGGAAGAUCCAUAUUUUGAAUGGAUCCACUGGCCUCAGGCAUCAAUUCCUUUCUCCGAUGAUGAGCUCAAGUAUAUAUCUCAUCUAGACCCCUUUCGUGAUUCGGAAAUGCUGAGAAUGGAGCUUCCCAUGAUUCGAGAAGCAUGCUUGCGGGUUUUGGUUCUGUGCACUUUAUUCCUCAAGGAAGCAGCAGCCUUUGGUCUUUGUCUGGCAGAGAUUGGCGACAUGAUGAGUAGGGUAUUUCAGGGUCCUGAUGAAGAGCCCAGUGAGCUUGAGCUCAUAUGUGUUGAAGCAAAGAAACUGUUAGAUCAGGACGAAGAAUCCUCUUCUUUCGAGGCGGAAGUAGGAGACAAAAAUGUCACCCAGUUUCAUUUGGAUUGUGAUGAUCAGGAUUUGGGUUUCCCUACUAAUAUAGAAGAGAAGCCAACUUCUCAAUUUGGAGCAAAAAAUGGGAAAGGUAAAAUUGCAGUUUCUAAACUGGAGGAAAGUGCGGUGGAGGAGGAGGGGGCUGUGAAUGAAGGUGAGUUGCCUGUAGGUGCGGAUGAAUAUACUUUUCCCGUGGGAAAUUGGGUGCCCAAUAUUUCAAAGCUAUCGGUGUCUGUGGAAAACAAGAUAAUUGGUGUAAAGCAAAGAAGUGGUUUUUUGGCUGGGACAUCAUCUGGAAGUACUAAAGUGAAUGAGUUGCCUGGUAGCUCGAGUUUUGUGGAGCUUGCAGACAUUGAUGAAGAGAAGUGGAAUCAGUUUCUUGAAAAUUUUCAAAGGCUGUUGGUCCCAGCUUUUGUUAAUUGCAAACGCGGAAAUGCUGGUAAGAGGCAGAGGCAGAGACUUGGCACUUCAUGCCAGUUUUAGAGGGGGCAUUAUAAAAUGGUAUACAUAUAGGGUUUGAACUUUGAACUUUGAACGAAUAAGAAGAUUUUAGAGGCUUGUACAAUGUGUCAUGUGGUACACAUUGAAUAUCUAUAGAUAAAUAGUUAAAUAAAGUAGAUGUAGAUUGUGAGGUAGUAAGCUCUUACCUCAGUGAAUAGAGAGAGGAGAAUAACACUAGAUGUGAAGGCAGUGACCAGAUUUGUAUCAAUGUUUCCUGGAGACUUAAAUGAUAUUUCUGGUGUGGUUGGUUGGUUUCUCAUCUUUAAA